AUGUGUGACGAACAAGGAAAAAAUAAAGAAGGACACUUGAAAUUAAUGAAAACUUGCUAUGAAAGUUCGGCCGCUUGUCUCGAUUGUGCAGAGAAAUCCGGCAAAGAAGAAUGUUGCGAGACUCAGUGCAGAAUUAAUGCAGAAUUGGCGGAUACUACCGCGAGAUUGAUGUCUUUGAAUGCUCCUCAAGUGGAUGCUCUAAUCAAUCUUGUUAUUGAAUCGUCCCAAAAAUGUGCCGAUAUUUGUUCUAAGUGGUUAUGUGAGAAUGAGGCUACUUUUCCAAAGGUUAGGUUUGAUGAAGAUAAAAAUGGAAUGGGUGGCAGUUAUGCUGUUCAACCGAUUCAUCCAAAUGAGAUAAUUGCUACACUUCCUUUAAAUCUAACAUUAACUCCCAAGCUUGCUCGUGAAAGUUUACCUAUUCUGACUUCACUCAGUUGUCGUGCAGCGCUUGCUACAUUUUUAGUUCAUGAACGGCUACUUGGAAAUUUGUCAUUUUAUCACCCGUAUAUUAAUAUCCUACCAAAGAAUAUAUCUACUCCUCUGACGUAUAGUGAACGAGAAAUGUUGUGGUUAAAAGGAACUAAUCUUGGUCCUGGUAGUGAGAAUAGAAAAGAAAUAUUGAGGAAGGAAUUUGAAGAGGUUUUGAAAGUUGUAUCAAAUGGUGAAUUCAUUGACGGAUUAUCAUGGGAAUUAUAUAUGUGGGCAUGCGAUGUUAUAUCGUCGCGAAGCUUUCCGAAUAAACUAGUUAAUCCUGACGAUACUGAAACAAAAGAAGCUUUGUUUCCGUUAAUUGAUUCUUUUAAUCAUAAACCCAGACAAAAAAUUACUUGGGAAGUUCAUGAAAGGAACAAAUUACGCUUAGUUGCUAGUGAUUAUAUAGAAGCUGGACAACAAAUAUAUAAUAAUUACGGCUCCAAAUCCAAUGAAGAACUGUUAGUUGGUUACGGGUUUUGUAUUCCUGAUAAUCCUGAUGACUGGGUAGUGAUCAAAGUAAACAUUUCACAGGAUCCACAGUGUGAUGAAAAACUAGAUCUUUUAUCAAGUUUAGGACUUUCUGAAAUUACACAUUUUAUUAAAAAAGAUAAUAUUCCUUCAAAUUUAUUAUCACAGCUGCGAGUGCUUGUAAUGAACUCUGCAGAAUUAAUCUAUUUUCGAAAAUUACAAGAAACUCGAAAUUUUAAUGUCAAUAAUAGUAUAAAUGAGCCUAUAGGAUAUCGAAAUGAACUUGCAAUGUUAAAAACUUUUUCUAACUUGUUGAAAAUGAAAUUGGAAAUUCUUUUAGAUCGAGAUGAAGAGUUUUGUGAUGAUAAAAUUAUGUCUGUGAAAGAAUCUGAAAGCAUGAUGAAUUUCCUCGCUAAAGAUGAGUUAUUAGAUUCAUUGUUGAUUACUAUUGAUAAAGUAAUGAAAAUUGACAAGAAAUUUUCUAAGGCAAUCCAUGAGAUAUUUAGCAACGAGUUGUUAGUUAGUGAAGAAGAUACCAUAUUAAUACUUUACUUAAUUUAUGAAAGUCAAUAUAUUGAAAAUUCCAAAUGGAAAUUAUUUUUUGAAGUUGCUAUUAAAUACGAUGAUUUUUUACAUAUUCAAGAAUUAACAGAAUUAUAUGAUGAAUUGCAACCACUUGUUUGUAAUCCCGAUGUUAAAUUAUUUGAAAAAGAUGUCUUUAGUAUUGAUAAAUUAAUUUGGUCAACAUGUAUUUUUGAAAUAUGUUCUAUUACUUUUAAUAAUAAGGAUAAAAGACAAACCUUUGGAAUUGUACCAUUAUAA